ACUUGUGAACAAAACUAAUUGAGAGAGGUUUUAUAUAAUAUUAAAAUACAAGUAAAACUUUAAAAUAUGGCGCAACGUAAUCAUCGUGUAGACCGCUUUGCGCAGAUGAGUAAGCAGGAGGAGAUAAUUGCAAAGAAACGGCAGGAGAUACUAGAGAAACAGCGGACGGCGCAGCUGGCAAAGGCAGUGGCUGCUGCUCAAACAUUGGCAGCCCAAUUGAAAACCAUGGAGACUCCAAUGUUAACGCCAGGUGCAGCUGAAGCUGCCACUGCGGAGCCCGAUGAGGAGGAGCAGGAGGAAGAGCUGCCGGCAGUGCCGCAGCCUCUCACAGUGUUGCCUGCUGAUGAUGGAAAUGCGUUGGAAGUAGAAAACGGUGAACAGCCGGGAUCGGCUGGAAAGGGAAAAUGCGAUGAUUUAACGCCGAAAACGUUAAACAGUUUUACCGGAAAAACGGGGAAAAUAACAUUUAGCCUGAAACGGCAGCAGCUACCACAGCCCAGCGUAGAGCAGCCACCACCCAAAGUAAAGAAUACCUUUUGUAACGAUGGUUCCUUUCUGGAGAACUUUAAGAAAAUUCUUGAAAAGCAUGAACAGCCCAAGCCACCCAUUAUGGUUGCACCCGUUCCAAGCACGGAGGAGAAUAACACAGGUGACUCUCACAGCACCGGGAACAACAGUCCCCAGCAGUCGCUGGAUCUGGCUGUUGGCACAAUAGCAACGAGUGCAGCGGCUGUAAUAGCGACUUCCAUGGCCGGCAGCAUGACAGUAGCCAAUGCGGGACCCAAUCACUUAGCAUUUAGUAUGGCUGGGCCGGGAGCAACGAUGCCACAGGCUGUGCAACCACCGCCACCGCCGCCAUUUGCCUUCAAUCCGACGCUUUUGGCACAGGGUCCGCCGCAAAUGCAGCUGCCAGCUUUCUUCCAUGGCCAUCACCAUUUGCUUCAUCCAGCUGCAGUAGCACCGCCACCGCCGCCUCCACCACCACAGUUGCCAAUAGCCUUGGCCAACUUAACGCCAAUUUAUAUGCAAUUGGGACCAACACAAAUGCCGUCCGAGGCGGCAAUGCAUCAAUUGAAUGCGAUACCGGCACCCAAGGAGUUUGAUUUAAAUGCUAUUCCAAAGCCACAGAUUAAUCUGGAGGCCAUACAAAUGCCCAAUGUCACACAGAGUGAGCAGCUGGGUUUGCUGCCGGAGCAUGUCACGGUGAAUCCUCCGCCGCCGCCUCCACCACCCAUGCAACCAGAGGAGCAAGUAACGCAGCUGCCACCACAACAACCACAACAACAACAGCAACAGAUUCAACAGCUGCAACCGAUCCUGACUCCACCGCCACAAGCAAUUUAUGUAGUUUUUUCAGAAACGUGCAUACAAUUGCCAACGUGCAUAGAAAACCUAAUCGCACUGGUCGCCGAAAAUGGUGAAGAUUACGAAGAUAAAAUACGUUUGCAUAGAAGCGAAUUGCAUCCGGCCUUGUGGUUUCUUUAUGAUAAGAGCUGCGAGCAAUAUCGAAACUAUCGCCAACAACUGCUCGAUUACGGACGCCAGCGUGCCGAACGACAGCGGGAGCAGCAGUUAAAUAAGGCGCAGCAACAGCAGCAGCAACAGCAGCAGCAGCAGAUACCGCAACAGCAACAACAGCAACAGCAGCAACAACAACAACAACAACAACAACAGGAGGAUAACAACAGCAAUUCGGCAGCGGAUAAGUACGAUCCUGAAUCGGCAAUGAGUGCCGAUUUUGAUUCAGAUGAUGAGUAUAUGCGCGGCAUGAUGGAUCGCAAUCGUGACAACAUUAAGCGACGCAUCGAGUGUCGCAACGAGCUGAGCGAUGAGGAGCGAAGGGAGCGAGAGGAGGAGGCUGCCAUGGCAGCAGCGGGCGAGGGAAAUGAUCUCGAUCCGGACGAUAGAGAGACUCAGCGUCAGCGACGCAAGCGAGAGCGCAAAAGUCGUUGGGGAGAGAAGGAGCAGCUCCCAAGUGGCUCAAUUACUCAUACUAGCUUUGGCAACCAGAAUAAGCCCAUCUUGAGCACAAUCACCCGCAACGAUCCGGCUUUGCUGCAAUAUGCGCGUCUCAAUUAUGGAUCCACUCAGCUAUCGGAGGACCAAUGGAAGCAGUGUGAGGAGCACUACAAAGUCAACUUGUUAUACCAAGACAUGAUGCGUAAGCGUCAGGAGAUUGAUCGUUUGGCACGAGGCGGCAAGUUCAAGUACGAAUAUGACUCGGAUGAGGAUGUUGAUGGAGGCACAUGGGAGCACAAGUUGCGCACAGCCGAAAUGGAGGCGACACACUUGUGGGCCAAUGCGUUAACCAAACAGAGCGAGGGCAAGCAUCAUAUUGGUGAUUUUCUGCCACCCGAGGAGCUCAAGAAAUUCAUGGAGCAAUAUGAGGCGAAGAAAAGCAAUAGGCAGCCCGAUCUAAGCGAUUACAAGGAGUACAAACUAAAGGAGGAUAACAUUGGAUUCCAAAUGCUGCAAAAGCUUGGCUGGAAAGAGGGCCAAGGUCUUGGUCAAGAUGGUGCUGGCAUUGUGGAACCUGUCAACAAAGCACCACAACGGGAUGGCAAUCAGGGUCUGGGCGUGAGCAGCGCUGUUCAGCCGGAGGAUUGCGAUAAUGAGUAUGAUGCGUAUCGUAAGCGGAUGAUGUUGGCCUACCGCUUUCGUCCUAAUCCUUUAAAUAAUCCACGUCGCGCCUAUUACUAGAAGAAUUAUAUGCACUGAUUAACUGAUGCUUUAUACUAUUUAUGAAACACUCUGAAUUCCCCAUUCAUAUCCAUCAACUAGACAUAUGUGUUGACUGCUGACCACAAUGAAAAUUUGCUAACGUUCUUUAACUGGAUUAUAUGCCACAAGUUG